AUGGACCAAACCACCGCCGUGAUGGAAAUCCCUUCCCUCAGCGCGCUCCCCGUGGAAGACACCGCUUCUGCCAUGGCCAACAUCGUGGUCUGUUCCAAUCAUUUGCCCCACGACGGCAAAUACCUCACCACCAAAGACAAGCACAAAACGCUUCUGAAAACCGUCGACUUCGUCCCCAGCAAGCCGCUCCCUGACGAGCAGGCCGCCUCGGUCGAGCAGGCGAUCCGCUACGGCGCGCUGGUGGGCGAGGGCACGGUCAACGCACGGAUCUGGGCGAACGAGCAGUCCAGCGAGCUGAAUCCGCGCGCGUUGGAGCUGCUGUGUCGACGCAUCUGCGAGCGCGACAACGUCGAAUUCAAGGUCCUGCAGGCGCCGGAUCUGCAAGCCGAAGGGCUGAAUCUCAUCAACGCGGUGGGCCAGGGCUCCGAUUGCGCGCCCCGCCUGAUUCUGAUGACGUACAUAGGCGAUCGAUCGCAGCGGAAAUUCAGCGCCGUGGUCGGGAAGGGCGUCUGCUUCGACGCGGGCGGGCUGAAUCUGAAGCCGACGGGACACAUCGAAGACAUGCAGCUGGACAUGGGCGGCGCUGCGGCGGUGCUGGGCGCGAUGGACACGCUGGCGAAGAUGAACGCGCCGGUCAAUCUGGUAGCGGCGAUCCCCGCGGUCGAGAACAUGGUGGGGAGCAAAGCGUACCGUCCCGGGUCGAUUCUGAAGUCGUUUGAUGGCCGAUUUGUGGAGGUGUGCAAUACGGACGCGGAAGGUCGGCUGAUUCUGGCGGACGCGAUGGCGUACGUGCAGGAGCACUACGAGAUCGACUGCAUGGUGGACAUCUGCACGCUCACGGGCGCGAUCUGCGUGGGCCUGGGCACCUACACGGCGGGACUCUUUGGAAACGACGAGAAGCUGGUGAAGGAAUUGAUGGAGAGCGGAGAUCGGACGCGGGAGCGAUGCUGGCACAUGCCGAUCGAGGAGGAGCACGAGCAGGAAAUCCUGGACUGCAAGGUGGCGGAUCUGCGGAAUAUGGGAGAAGGAAGAGAUGGCGGCGCUUGCACGGCGGCGGCGUUUUUGAAGCAGUUCGUGAAGGGCGAUCUGCCGUGGGCGCAUCUGGAUAUCGCAGGAACGGCGAUGACGAGCAAGCCGGUGGAUUGGAUCCCGCAGGGCGGCACGGGAUAUGGCGUGGCGUUGCUGACGGACUGGAUGCUGCAUCACAGCGAAAAGAAGUGA